GAUGGAGGUGAGGAUCUUGCCAUAAACAGCUGUGUGCCUGCAGCAGAAUUCUGCUCUUGGUGCAUCCCCACUUGCAGAGAUCUAGCACAAGCUGAUAGGCGUUGCCUCUGAGGGGGUGAGUUUCUGCCAUGAAAGGAGCAGGGAGCUCUGCCAGCACUGCCAGCUCAGCAUAUGUCCGGUGGUUUCCUAAGAGAAGACACAAGCCUCAGUGCAAUCUCCUCCAUGUGAGCAGGACACACACGGCCACAGCUCUGUGAAGGACAUCCAGUGAGAACCACUAUGAGGAACAAACAAUGGCUCCAGAAUAUUUUCUUCUGCCUUUUAUUCCAGUACACACUGUGUUGUGAAGGCCUCACUUGUUUUGUGGACUAUGUCCAGACGCUGUCGUGCAUCCUGCGAGAGGAGCUGGGUGCUGGUUCCUACACUCUCACUGCCACAUGGUUUCCUGAGGAAGAUCCAGAAAAUACUGUGGCUUCCUGCAGCCUCCUGCAAUUGUCAAGGAAUGCCAGUCACGCACAAUACAUGUGCACUGUGGACAUGACUGAAUUCCUGGCAGAUACCAAAGUCCAGGUGGAUGUUACAGAGACUGAUAGGCAGCACAUGCUUUCCAAAGACUUUUAUUUGUCACAUAACAUAAAACCACAGCCUCCAUUCAACCUGACCGCUUUGUUCUCAGAGGGUUACAACAUUUCUUGGGAAACCAUCUACCAGAACUCUUCCUUCGACUUUUUGAAUGAGGAGCUGCAAUAUCAGCUGCGUUACAAAAGAAGAACUGACACCUGGGAGGCUCAGAAGACUAAAGCCGUUCAUGAGGACAAACGGACGCUGCUGAUCCUGCCGUGGGAGCUCCAGGCAGACACCGAGUACGAGUUCCAAGUGAGAGCCAGGCCCCGGGAGGGCAGUGGCUACGGAGGCUUUUGGAGUGAAUGGAGCUCUCCGCUGUCAUUGAAAACCAGACCUGCAGCAGUGACACAGACAGCAGGCAUGGAAUGGCUGUUACUGUUCGGUAUUGUCGUGGCAAUUGUGGCCUCAAUCACAACAUUUCUGGCCAAACAGCAGAGCUUGUGGAAGAAGAUGGCUUGCAUCCCAGACCCUGCUCCCUUUUUCAAACCUCUUUACAUGGCUCAUAAUGGAGAUUUUAAGAAGUGGGUUGGUGCAUCCCAUAUGAAAAUGACCUUUGAUUUCUUUGAAUGGGGAAUAGUCCUUCCAGAAGUCCUCGAAGUUUACACCAUGCAUCCUUCCAACAGCACCCCACAGGAAGAGCUGCAUGAGCUGGGAAAGACUCUGCCUGGCAAGCCCUGUGCAUCUUGCCUGAGUGGCCCAGGGCAGAGCAGCCGGUCCCUGGGGUGCAGCGUGAACAGCAGUGGAGGGGCUGAGGACCAGUCCUACGGGCACUUGUCAAUUGAGACAGUGACUGUGGCUGAUGAAUUCACAUCUUGUAAGUGCCAGUGCUGCAGCUGUACCCAUGGGGACAGGGAACACAAGCACACCAACAAGGAGGAUGAUGGUGCUGGAGAACCCGGUUACCCCAAGGUUAACAUCGAUGAAGAAGACAGAAAGAUGUGCAGUGACUUGCAUUUGGCUGACCUGAGUGCACAGGACAAAAUACUUGCUUCAGGUUCUGUGUCCACAGACCUCCUGAGGAGCACAAGUGUCCCAGUCAACCAGCAAGGAGAAAGGAGAGUGGAAGGAGGGGUGGGGAGCAUCCUAGAAGCCCUUUGCUUGCAGCCUUAUCAGUGGGAUUUGGAAAAUCCAGGUUCUCUACCUUCUCCUGAUGGUGAAAGUGUUUCUUACAGUGAAGGCUCCUAUGACUUCUUCCCUCACAAUAUAAGGCCUGGUGACAGUUGUCCUUUGAUCUGUGUAGAUUUGGACACUAUUGACAGUGGCUUUGUGGACUCAGACUGUGGAAGUCCAGUUGACUCUGAAUUUGGGCAAAACAGUCAGACCAUUUGUGGAGCCAUCCCUCCUGAGCAGGAGGGGCAAGACUUUCCCCGGAGCUACGUCAAGCAGUGGGUCUCCUGUCGCUCUGAGAGCCCUGUCAGUGGGACACAGACAAACCAAGGACUUUGAUGUUGCCUGGAUGAGUGUGGGGCCUUUUCCAUAGUGUGCCAGGAGCAAAGUGUUAGCAAAAUUCAGAAGAGAAAUGAAGUUUUCUUUGUGUGAGCUUUAUUGCAUAAACUGACACCUGUUAGGUCCACAGAAAUAUCCUGUUUCUAUUCCCGUUUAUCCUAUUAAUGUAUCAAAUUUGUUGUGAUUGAUUGCUCCUGAAUUUUGUUGGGUUUUGGGGUUUUUUAGAAUCAUAGAUCAACCCUUCCUUGAAAUCAGAAAAACAUCAGAAAAAAACUGUACCUUGAAAAUUAUCCUUUGGCUUACGUAGAUAUGCAAAAUUUUUUUGCAACAACCUUAUAAAGAGGACAGAACUGUAAGUUAUUUUCCCUGAUAUGCUCACAUGUCCUGGGAGUUUGGCUGCACACAGAACCUUAGAAUCAUGACCCAUGGCAAGCAUGUUUGCUACAUAAAAGUUCCCCUACUCUUUCCAAACAGCAUGUGAUGUUACUUUUCCUUCUACUGGCUUUGGCUCUUUAAACUCAGCUGUACUACUUUGUUAGUUACAGAGGGUUCCAGACCUGUCCAUGGGGAUCAAAACUAAUUCUUAUGUAAUCAUCACAGAAAUGUGUGUACCAGAGACUAAGCACAACUCAGGUUUCAGAAAGACUUUCCAGGUGGAGUCCACAAAUGAAACGUCUUCAAAAUACAUAUAAUUCUAAACAAACUGUCACUACUGGGCUUUUCUAUUGAGUCAGACUCCCUCCCUGCACUUUUCAAGCAUAUUAAUUGAGCAGCUUUUAGAAUUUUGCCAUAGUUAUCAAAAAGUUGUCCUACCUGGAUAUGCCUGCCACUUCUGCCUUGGACUUGCU